AUGAAGUUUUCAGUUAUUUUAGCUCUUUUUGCAUCGUCGGCACUUGCCGACUAUCGCCCCGAUGACAAGUACUGCUGGGACCGAUGGGACAAGUGGGACCGCCAUUGCCCGUCAACGACAACUAGAUAUGGUGGAACCGUGACCAGAACUUCCACUAAAACAUGUACAUCAACUAAGCUUGUCACUAAAACCUUGACAAUUCCUAAGAGUACCAAAACUAUCACCAAAACUAAGUCUGUCGGCAAAGUCACUACCAUUACGAAAACUAAGACUACAGCCCCGAAGACUAUUACCUUGACCAAGACCAAGACCGUAGCUCCCAAAACAAUUACGGUCACAGGAAAGCCAGGGACCACCACUGUGACAUCCAUUUUGACUUUGAAUCCUAACCAGUUGACAGCUACUGUCACCGAGACUACCACCGAAGAGACCACUGUGACAAUUCCAACCACUGUCACUCUACCUGGUGAAGAGCAGACAACCACAACGACCGUUACCUUGCCAGGAGAAGAUGGCGAGAUUAUCACCGUGACAGUCCCCACAACUGUCACUCUGCCUGGCGAAGGCGAAGUUGUAACAGUCACCGAACCCACUACUGUCACACUACCCGGUACGGACGUUACCACUACUCUAACUGAGGAUCCUGUGACAACAACCACUACUAUUACCCUGCCUGGCGAAGGUGAGGUUGUCACUGUCACUGAGCCCACCACCAUUACGCUCCCCGGUGAAGAAGUCACUGCUACUGAAUCGACUACAACCACGAUUACCGAUUCUACCACUGUCACCGAUUCUACCACCAUCACGGAGUCAACCACUAUUACAGAGCCGACCACAGUCACAGAUUCGACCACGAUUACUGAGCCUACUACGACCACGAUCACAGAUUCCACUACCAUUACUGAUUCUACAACUAUUGUCGAGCCGACCACAAUCACAGAUUCCACUACUAUCACUGACUCCACCACGAUUACAGACUCCACUACCAUAAUCGAGCCAACGACAUUGACAAUUACGGACUCCACGACGGUCAUAGAAUCUACCACAAUCACAGACUCAACCACUAUCACUGAUUCUACGACAAUUACGGACUCUACCACGAUUACUGAUUCUACCACGAUAACUACCACUACUUCCACGACCCAAACUGUCACCAGUACCCUGCCGGCCAGCACCACAACAGCAACCACCUCUGUCGCUGCUUGCCCCACCGGGAACCCAAUCGUCAAUGGUAACUUCGAGUCCUCUCUUUCCGGGUCGUGGACUACCUUAGUCGCCGGCGACGCCAACGUCGAGCGUGUCAAUGUUGGCGGUUCUCAAGUCACGGCGCUCAGGGCCCGAAUCAACAGUGGCAAUGGCAACCUGUCCCAGCAUAUCAUCCAAGCUGUUACGGUCUGCCCCGGUACUAAUUACAGAGUAUCAUUUGAUGCGAGGAGAACAACUACUGCGGGAUCCGUUUCUGCAGUUCUCUAUGUCAAUGAUAUUGCGCUUGCCGGUGGUACUAUCACGGCCACCAGUUUCCAAGCCGUAUCCCUCAUUAACUCCGGGAUCUUUUCAACGACGCUGAAUAGUGUCAUCGUGAGGAUAACAUUUACAUACGCCCAAUCAACCUCUUCCCAAAAAGAAGUGCAGGUUGAUAAUAUCGUUCUCACAAAGCUUUAA